UAUGUAAACUUUCCAAUCGUGCUAACUAGCUAGCUAACUAGCUGCUAACCCCAAACAAGCACUAUUGUCAUGAGAAACAUGGCGUUUUAUUCACCUGGCUGCAUAUGUAUUGAUCUGUAUAAGUCAGCCACGUGGGCUUCGUCUUAAACUGGACGAACAAAGCAGCGUUUAACGAGAUAAUAACGACAGCAACACGCAGCUAGCUAGCUAGCCAGGUUAGCCGCACACACGUGGAGAUGUUUACAUCCAGCAGGGCAGCAGAGCAGCAGAGGCUUCAGGCCCAAAGACUCACCUCCUUCCUGUCUCAGUACAGACACCUGUGUGACUCCUUCAUCAUCGAGUUCUUCUCUAAAGAUCACUGGCGCACUUUACCCAACACGUGGCAGUCUGUGCUGCAGGAUCUGACAUACCAGCAGGUUGCAGACCUGCUACUGGAUGCUACACAUGAAGACAGGAGAUAUCCUUCGGUGUGGCCGCUGUCCCUCUUGGCGUUUCGUGCCACCGCUCACUCUCUGGCGUUUCCCAGAGAGUGCAGGAGGCGGCGAGGCAGCGCGACCGGCUCGGAGAAGCCCGAGGAGUUCCUGGACAACCAAUGUCAGAGCUCCCUGCUGGGACACAUAUUCAGGAAACACGUCAAACCCAAGAAACAGCACGAGAUCCGCAAGCUGGGCUCGCUGGUGAAACAGCUUUGUGACCAGACUGACUGCAACAACGUGGUGGAUGUUGGCUCUGGACAGGGUCAUCUGACUCGUUUCCUGUCCUUCGGGCUCGGACUGUCUGUGACCGCAAUAGAGGCCGAUCGCGCCCUCGUUGCCACGGCGACCAAGUGUGACGAACAGUUACUGUGUUCCUUGGAGAAGGAAAGGCAGAAAAAGAACACCUCCUCUCUGGUCCCGGCAUCACAUUUGUCUCGACACGUAGCCGGGUGGGUAAACCCCAAAGCAUCAUGGGAGGCCUUCAUCAAGCAACUGAGUGCUGCAGAUUGUGUCAACGAAAGUCCCCCGACUCCAUCUGGACCCAGCAGAAAGAGGCCGCGUGGCUCUGAGCAUGUUGACGGCUCCUGUUCUCAUGCGGUCCAGACUCCAUCGAACUCUGAAUCUGCUGAAAACUCCUGCGUCCAGAGAGUCUGUCAGGAGGGUGCAGGUCCUGAGCGAGGCCAUCCAGACUUCGUCCUCACCGGUCUCCACGCCUGCGGUGACCUCAGUGCCACCCUCCUCCGCCACUUCGUCCACUGCCCACAUGUGCGCGGCAUCACCUCCGUGGCGUGCUGCUACAUGAAAAUCACCACCAAAGAAAACCCCGCCCCUCCAGGUCUGGUAGCAGCCGCCCAAACACCAGACCAGAACCCGGUACCCUCGGAGUUCGGCUACCCGAUGAGCUCCUGGGUGGGGGGGCUGCCGGGGCAUCGGCUGUCCUAUAAGGCGAGGGAGGGGGCGUGUCAUGCAGUGGAGGAUUAUGGGCGGAGGCUCCGGGAGGGAGGCGAGGCGCUGAGGACGCACUGUUACCGGGCGACGCUGGAGACCUUCAUCGCAGACGUGAGGCCGGAUCUGCGGAGGGCCGGAAUCCAGACCAUAAAGAAAGCCCACCUACUGCCGUUCACAGAGUACGCCCGUCUGGGUCUGGCCCGGGUCGGCCUGCCCCCCGGGUUGCCUCUGGACCCGGAGCGGGUGGAGGCCAUGUUGAAGCAGCAGGGCAGGGUGGUGGUCUACUUCAGCCUGGCCCUGCUGCUGGCUCCUGUGGUGGAGACGCUGGUGCUGCUGGACAGGAUGAUCUACCUGCAGGAGAACGGUGUGGACAGCCAGCUGGUUCCUCUCUUCGAUCCAAACUUCUCUCCAAGAAACUUUGUGCUGGUGGCUAUGAAGUCCAACGCUCAUUAGUCUUUAGUGGGGAAAGUCGCACUUUUUACUCUUUUAAACAACAAAAGAAACCCUCAGUCUUGAUUUUAGCCCCUGUUUUUAAAGAAUAAUGAGCGUUAAUGCUGAAAAACCUGCCAGAUGAUCGGCAAGGUGCAGCCUGCACAUAGACUGUGUAUAAGAAGUGGACGUAGUCAUCGUGACGUCACCCCAUCGCCAUGUGUUUAUUUUGCAGCCAGUAAACAGGAAGUGACCAUAUUUGGACUGAGGAGGACGUAGAGACGCCGUAUACGUCUCUGGUGUGGACCUGUCAAUCAGUGUGUAGCCCCGCCCUAAAGCAUCCCCUGCUUUAUGGUCUGUUUGACUCUAAAUGGAGCAUCAUUUACGAAAUGAACAUCAUGCUGUAUUGAAGAAGACUUGAAACUAGAGAUUGAGACCAUAAACUCAUGUUUACAAUGUUUACUGAGGGAAUAAAUCAAGAGAGAAGUAGAGUCAUUUUCUCAUAGACUUCUAUACAACCAGAGGAGUCGCCCCCUGAUGGACAGGAGAGAGAAUGCAGCUUUUAACACUUUUUUGCAGACCCCUUUUAUUUGUUUUGCCUGAAGGAGAACACGUGUUUUCCUGCAGUGGAACACUUCAGGUUGGCAGCUUCACUGUGACACGUGAACGAGCUGAAACUGUGAAGCUCUAAAGCGUCUCGCUGCACCUAAGUGGACCCUAAAUUCUGCUUCCAUUAACUUGUGAUGAUUCAAGUUUCUGGAUGUUCAAGUAUGGACCAAAUAGUUUGUUUUUUAAAUGUUCAAUUCUGGGAUUAUGUGUUGGAUUGACCAAACAACGGACGUUUUGCAUCUCCAUCUCUACAGCCACACAGCUAGCAAUAAACUCAUAGAAAUACUGAAUAUAAUUACUGAUACCUUUCGGUUACAUUUACCUGAUUCUUAUAAGGACUACUUUGUCGGUUACACAAGUCCUAUUCUGCUACACAUCUUUGAUCUUUCUGUCAUUAAAUGCAUUCAUUUAAUUCACUGUGGUUAAGCUUUUAUUUGUAUUAAAGUCUCU